CAGUUUGAAAGAGUUUUAUUUUACAGAUUCUUAGUCCAAAGAUUCAAAUUAGAGAGAAAUAGAAGCAGAAGAAGCCUUCACCCUGGCGUUCUACUGACAUUUAACCUGGCCAGAACCUCCGUCGAUAGUGAACUUGCCUUUUCAGCUGGGAUCUGGCCAUUCAGCUUCUAUAAUAAAUGCAGUCAAGGGGCAGUCGCUUCUCGACACUCACAAAGGUCUUGCUUUUGAACGUCACCCUCACAAAAGCCAUUUCUCAUCAUGCCAAGCCAACAGAAGAAAGUCAUUUUUUGCAUGGCUGGGUUGUUAAGCUUCGUGUGCGCCCUCGGAGUGGUGACAGCCCUGGGGACACCCUUGUGGAUCAAAGCCACUUUCUUCUGCAAAACUGGGGCUCUGCUCGUCAACGCCUCAGGCCAAGAGCUGGAUAAGUUCAUGGGUGAGAUGCAGUACGGGCUUUUCCACGGAAGAGGGCGUGAGAGUUGUGGAUUAGGAGCGAGGCCCUUUCGGUUCUCAUUUUUCCCGAAUUUGCUGAAAGCGAUCCCAGUGAGCAUCCACGUCAACGUCAUUCUCUUCUCCAUAAUCCUUGUGGUCCUGACCAUGGUGGGGACAGCUUUCUUCAUGUACAAUGCUUUCGGCAAGCCCUUCGAAACUCUGCACGGUCCCCUCGGACUGUAUCUGCUGAGCUUCAUUUCAGGCUCCUGCGGUUGUCUUGUCAUGAUUUUGUUUGCCUCUGAAGUGAAAAUCCACCACCUCUCAGAAAAAAUUGCAAAUUAUAACGAAGGGACUUACGCCUACAAAACGCAAAGUGAAAAAUACACCACCUCGUUCUGGGUUGUUUUCAUUUGCUUUUUUGUUCAUUUUUUGAAUGGGCUCCUCAUACGACUUGCUGGAUUUCAGUUCCCUUUUGCAAAAUCUAAAGACACAGAGACAACAAACGUGGCUGCAGAUCUAAUGUACUGAAAGGCAAGCAUCUUGGUAAUUUUCCAAGGGAGCAAAUAGACUUGCUGUGGUCACUUGGACAUAGUUAAUUUUGUCCAUCCUUUUAGAUGGCCCAGUAAAAGCACCUAAAUCCUCGACGAUAAUGUUUACAAACUAUGUACUAAGGGUACAAGUUGGAAAAUAAGGGGAGCAGAAGGAAGGCUUUGGAAGGUUUUGUUACUAGAAUGGACAAAUUGUUAUUCCAUAUACAUAUCAACGUGCAAAACGCCUGCUCCAUCAGGGAGGAAUCGAAAGGCGGGGGGAAUAUAUUUUAAUACAAACGAAUACUAUUUCUGCU